GCGGCCUGUUAACGUCGACUGCCAGUGCAACAACGAUCCGUGCAGACUAUGUCGUUUGAUUGCUCGCCAACUAUGUUUACGAGUGUCAGCGUCCCCGUGUGUGUCGUUUGGUAUGUGCGUGUGGUGUGUAGGGCGCGUAAUGGAUGGGACCUUCUCGACACCACGGAUCAUGGAGUCGAUGUUCUCGACACCACAGACCAUGAGUCCCGAGACGCACAUUCGCUUGGCAGAACCGUUUCCUCCUUGUGCGAGAUCCGUGCGGCAUUUCAACGAUGUGACUACGAUCCAGGUAUCGACCGCAGAGGAAUUCGAGGAGGACCCCUGGAUGAUCGUCGUCCGUGCAUGGGCAGACAUAUUGACGGUUGGUGUGACGACAAUUGGGCCACGAUGGAGAGUGACUGCCCUUGGGCAGGCCAGUACAAGUUCGCCAACAUGUUGGAGUUUGGGUCCCUCAUCCUGCUGCCUGACGCUGUCCUCGGUCACAAUUUCCUAAACCACAUGCGCAGAGCAGUAGGCUGCAUUAGCCGACAUUUUAGUCGCCUCGAGUGCCAAUACGUCACGUCGUCACCACGAACUUGGGGAGGCUCGCGGAAACACGAGUUGCUGGCCCCUGCUCGACACUGCCCGUUCCUGGAGCAGUACCCGCUCCGUUGCCCCGGGAGUUCUCCACAAGCUGUGUCAUACUGUUGUGUGCAGUUGAUUGUGUCCAGAUCUGAUUUCGCCAGGGUUUUGUGUGUCGCUACUUCAAACAAGAGUAGGAAGCUCGUCGAUGCUGUUGUGCUUGUGUCACGCAACGAGAUGGCAAUUGAGGGGUCCAAACUCGUGGCAACGCGUGGGCCUGUUCGUGUGGAUGGAUGGCCGGAUUUGGUGAUAGCAGGGCCGGUCCAGAACUUUUCGUUGCAUAGGGAGGUCAAGGAGAAAGUGUCCGCCAUACGGGACUACGUUGACUUCAUGGUGUGUUGUUCGAUUUGCAAUCUCGUUCGCAGACAGUAUGUCUUCUUCCAAGGGCGGGGUGGAGCCAACAGGACCUCCAGGAAGGAAUCACGAAAAGAUUCCACGAGGCCGUCGUCUACUGCCACACAGGGGUGGUCGAACCAUUCGAGGCCGAAAUGGUUCAUCGACUGGUGCUGUGGAGACGCUUCCAACCCCACUGCGCAACCAUGUGGUCUUGUCAUCUUCAUCGAUGACAGCAGAAGGCGUAGAGUGCUUGGUGCCGUCUUGCGGUGGGAGGACGCAAAGGGGGGCCGGCGACAUUUCUAUAUGCAAAACGUUUAUGGCGCCAAGGGCAACGUCGUUGCCAAUUCGAAAGGGACGUCGUUGGACCUCGAAUUGUGUGAGGGGUUCGGAGCGGGUGCUGUGAAUACCCCGUUCUACAGAGAACUCGUUCUCGGGGGCGGUUUUGUUUUGGCGCGUGAAUUUUUCGAUAUGUUGGAGGACAAAAACAUCGCUCUAGACGUCCUCUGCGACGUCAACCCAUCCCUGGAGCCGUGUAGCGGUUGUGAGUCAAGCGGGGCAGCGGUGGAGGGCGAUGAUCUGGGUUCUGGUCCCGCCACUCAGCUGCGCCGUGGCGAGAGCCGAGGUCAGUUCGACGACAGCGAGGAUGAGGGGACUGCUCCGCCGUUGAGUGACACGCGGCGGUCUGUGUUGUCUAUUCCUGGGGUUCAGACUGAUGCUCCGGUUCAGUGGAAGAGUACGGGGCCUACAGUACAUGUGGCGGCCUAUUCGGAGGUCGACUUAGAGGCGAGCGAGGGACAGGGUGUGGAGGAGGUGGACGCAGGAGGCCUGGGCUCGCAAGGAGCUCCGCAAAAGAGGAGGGGGGAUCGUCCAGACGAGUUCGCCGGUUCUACGAAGAAGUUAAAGAGCAAGGCCCCCAGGACUGCGGGGGAGAAUUGCAAGGGGACCGAGGGGGAUCAGGGUCGGCAGGUUGCCAAACGACCGUCUUCGAGACAGAAGCAGCCUGAUUCUGGACCGUCUUCUCCACCGACAACAGGGACUCCCAUCGACGUCGACGUCGGGUACUUCCUCGAGUACAAAGACGGCGUUUCGACAAAGCGGGAGUUCGACAUUAGCCCUGCGCAGGUCGUCGACCUCGGGGACUGGGAGGACAUGUACAACCAGCGGUCCCUCGAUCCCGUGCUCGUGGAAGGGAUCAAAGAAGCGAUGCGGUUGGCGUUCGAAAACAAAGCGCAGCCUUACGAUUUACCAACCCUGAAGCUGGUGCCGCUGGGGCUUGAUAAACCGACUCCGGGGACCAAGGAAGAACGCCUGAGGCCGGAGGAUUGGAGGGAUGAGCUGGCGGGGCAAUACUACUACUACGCGGUGUGUGGGCAGCACAACGCGGCUGCAGCGAGGUCGCUGCUCGGCAGCGAGGUGGCCAGGAAAUACAAUGUCGAGCGGUGGCCUGCAGGAAUGGUCAACUUUUCGGACGACGACUUCGAAGGGUACUUCCUUGUCAGUUCCCAGGACGACAUGAAGGACCUGAAGGCGGCCCCACGACAGUUGAAGCUGUCAAUGAGGGACAUUAGGUGGCAGUGGAAGCGCGCCGGUUGCCCGCGUGCUGUUAUGGGAAACCCCAGCGGAAAACAGGAUCAAGUCCGGAAAUCAGCAGGGCGAGGAGGCCAUCAGGAAACAAGGCGCUGCCCUGCGUUCCCAUUUCCCGCUGGCGAUGGCAGGGGAGAACGUCUGGAGACAGGCAGAUUGCUCGGACACGACGACGCAAAGUGGAUCAUGCGGAAGAAGAAAGUCAAAAACGUGAAGCCUGGGGUUGCAUACAUCCAUAAUGACAAGCUGGGCAGGAAGGAGGUCGUGUACAACGUCCCUGUGGACCCGUCGACAAAGAAAGGCAAAAAGGAGAAAGAGGAGGGCGAGUGGUUCGUGCAAGUGCCAGAGCCGGACGCGCAUUGUUGGAAAACGAUGGAGUCGCUGACAGACAACGAGAAGUGUUGCGUCCUGAAGAAGGUGCUCGCUUGCAAGGUGGUUUGGGUACAGGUCGGCUCCCCAGCGUUGGCGAAGCUCGGAAAGCUGAGCGUCCAGGAGGUGGUGAAUUUGGUGAAGUGCGACCGGGUGCUGGUGCGUCUGUGGAACUACUACCAGUUCAAGCACGACAAAAGGUCGGACGCGGAUUGGAGCCAGAGGUUCCCGUUCCUGAAAUCAAGGUCCGCAAUUUUCAGACAGUUUAAGAGUCGUGGUUUGGAUGCUGAGUUGUGGGACGGAAGCACGAAAUACGCCACUGACUCCUCGCUGUUCAAGGACUGCCCGCCCUACAUGGGCUGCGACGACGACAGAUCGAUCGAGGCGACGGAGAAGCUGGCCGGUCACAAGAAGUUGUCCGUCGACUGGAGGAAUAAGGUCCUGUCCAUGUUGACUGGCUGUAGACUGAAGAGUCGAGAGAUCGCGCUUGCCGAAGGCAUUGUGCACAUAAAAUGGAAUGACACAGGCGACGUGACAUCCAUUGCGCCAUUCGGCAACGACCCCUUGGAGGCAGACAUAAGGAGUGCGGAGGUGAAGGAGGCAGUGGUUGCCACAAAGAGUCACACGUUUGUCCUCGAUCUGUGCAAACCGGUGGAUCUGAAGCUUUGGAAAUCGCAAGCGUUCGACACUCGAGAUUCCCAACUCCAUGCGUGGUGUCCGUCGCAUUGGACGCUCGUUGUUAUUGUCCCGCGGCAGCAGAACCUCUACUUUCUGGCCAGCAUGAACCAUCUUUCUUUCGUCAAGUUGCUGGAAGGGAAGUGGGUGAGGAGGAGUCAACAGAAGAAAAGCUUCCCCGUCGGGAACAAUUUGUACACGGAAAACGACCGAAUGUACAUACUCUUCAAAGGUUUUGAUUUGCUGGCCAACGCGUCCGUCGUCUACGAGGGGAAACUGCCGGCAAGCGCCGCUGCUGCAGUGCGGCUUCUCGAAUCCGUCACCAAAAAGGGGGAGGGUGUCGUCUUCCUCGAGAAGCCACACGCGCGGUCUGUCUGGGAAAUACUGAAGGCAGGACGGCACGUCAACGCGAUGGAAGGGAACUCCGAGCUCUUGCAAUUUACAAUUGAUCUCGUCAAAAGCGAGGGCAAUUCGGGUGCCCACAAUUGCGAGUUCAUGGUCGUCACCGAGACUCGGGCUCGCGCGUGGAACAACAAGACGGACAUGUGGUUCAAGUUGAGUGCGAGGAAGCGGAACAAGAUAUACGACUUCUUGUUCCUGCAAACGCGGCUGAAGAGAGACACUGACGCCGAGUACGUGCGCCGCAAGGACCACAUGUUCACGUUGCUCGACAACUACCACGGCGUCUCCCGCAUGAACGAGAAGACCUUCCUCGAGAGGUUGCAGUCCCUUUACUUCGUGGAGUCAGAGGAGGAGCUGACGUUCAGCAGUUACUCCUCCUUGAUCUCCACGGAAGACGAGGAGACCACCGAAAUCGAGUUCGACGCAACCAGGGACGAGGAGGGCAGCGACACCGAAAGCCUCAACCUGCAGUACGACCAACAUUCCGCAGCGGACAAAGAGGACGGACGCGCAGAGAUGGUCACGACCGGGGGUGGCGAGUCAUCAUCCCAAAAUAGACAGUGGUGCGGUGAGGGACGGGACUUCGCCGCCUGUGGGGGAUCGCCAACCGCUUCGGUCGGAGCGAGAGCGUACGUGUGGAGGGACCGGCGACAGGGAGACGGCGAAGUUCGUCGGGAUCCGAACUUCUUAAGGCAAGGCGUGUGGAGGGCCCGGCGACAGGGAGACGGCGAAGAUCGCUGGGAUCCGAACUUCUUCAGGCGAGGCGUGUGGAGGGCCCGGCAACAGGGAGACGACGAAGUUCGCCGGGAUCCGAACAUCCUCAGGCAAGGGCAGCCAACCAGGGAUAUUGGUGUAGGCGGGAGGGGCUGCGUGCGGCGGGCGGGAAGCGCAUUCGUCGGAAAUCGACAUGGGUUCGGGCGAAGUGGCUGCAUUGCAUGCAGGGGAAGAAGGCAGGGUGAUGGACAAAGAGAAGGAAGUGGAGGAAGGAGACACAGGGGAGGAAUUGGAGGGGGAGGGGAGGAAAGGGAGGAAGAAGAGGAUGAAGGAGAGGAAGGGGAAGAAACGGAGUUGGCUGGGUUGCUAGGAGGGCAGGAGGGGAAAAAAGGUGAACUCGAUACAGGAGACGACGAACGGACUUUCGACGACGACGAUGACAGAUCUGGGGAGUCGUCUGACGGAUUCGGGCAGCUGUACGGAAAACACCAAGAGGAAGACGACGACGACGAUGACACGACACUGGGUAUGGAGACACAGGUGGUCACAAGCCUUUCGGCAGAACGUGAUGACUAUGAGGUCGAAGCAAUGACGUUUGCCGUCGAUCUCCAACACCGGUUCAACGAAGCUCGUGUAGCAGUCAGCCUAACUAAACCGAGUGUGCGUAUUGACAUCGAAGAAGUUAUCGACGGCAUCCUAGGCGACCACCACAUGUCCGCGCAACUGUCCUUGACGCCUGGUGUCGACGACCCUCUUGACGUCAAACCUUCCAGGGGAUCUGUCGCCGACGAACUCUCCGAUGCUGCCGCCGACCAUCGCCAGCGGAGGAGAAGGCGGGAUCGGGGGACGACAAGAUUGCGGGCUACGACACCUGGAGCAGCAGUGACUGCGAUUGGAAGCUUGCGGGUUUUGGACGACAUUGAACGAGGCUUGGUGCCACCUGACACUGUACUCUCGACCCUCUGCGAUGGUCAGUUGCGAAUUGCAGCGAAGGAUAUUCUCACCCUCUCACUUACCGACGGCAGGGUGAAUGAUGACGUGGUCAACUUCUACAUGGCGCUAUUAGGAACGACCGCAUAUAGGACAAGUGACAUCCCGCCAGGCCUUCGAUGGACUUCGUGCUUGGAGGAACCUAGGGACGAGGAUACGCUACCAUCGCGGCAGGAGUAUCUGAAUCCAUACGACAUCAUCCCUCACGCCUUCUACCCGAGGGCAGAAGAAGUGGUGAUCAACGACAACGACAAAGAAGAAGACAACGACGAGGAAACAUCAGAGGAGGGAAGCCAUAGUGAACAUAACGAGGGCGAGCUGAGUGAGGUGGAAGAGGAAGAAGAGGGAACAGGGUCCGAGAGGGAAGCCCUGCCGGAGGAAGCGACGCGUACGGUAACGGAGACAGAAGAUCCGGAAGCAGCGCAAAAACGCGAAGAAAUUGCCGCUAGGAAGCGCCAGCUGGAGUGCGCCAGCGAGGAUAGCUUGCGCAUCAGGGAUCCAGAGCCGCCGAGGCCCGACGAUGGCGGCCUUGCAGCCGCCACCUCAAGUACCACGCAACGGAGACGACGCCGAUCCCCCUCCUCCUCCAGCUCCACCCGUCCCCCAGUUCGCCCACGUACCGAUGCGGGCGAUAGGCCUUCGUCCUCGGACGCUGUCCCGCCGACCUCUUGAUUUCCUCACCCUCGAGCAGAUCCGCACCCCCGUCACCU